CGGAUUGUUAGAGCUUUCGGAAUUGCGCAAGCGUGCAGUUGAAUCGAAAAGCUUCAACGACUGUAACCUGACGAAAUAGUGUAGGCGUUGGAGAACCGGCCGUAAGCUCGGUGCGGCUCCUGGUGAAAUAAAUAAUUUGCCAACAGGGUGUCCCGUGAUCGUGAGUGUCAAUAACCGACUCGACAAAUUAUUAAAAUAGGUGAAAGCUGAUUUUUUCCAAGUCUCUUGAUAACGCAUCGAUGAGCAUCGAGUGGUUUUUAUCGUAUUUCAGUCCCGGGUGAGGUGCAAUGCUGUAAGAUAGAUAAAAUAUACAGAAGAGGCACUUGGGGUCGGUUGAGGGGGUCAGGUGCCAGUGAAAUGUGAAUGAGAGUUGAAUAGCAAUAUAAAAAAAAAUCAAGAGUGGAGUAAUAGAGAAAAACGAGGUAAAGGAGCGAUAAGAAAUGCCGAAUGCCAUGGAUGUGACAUCGAGUACUAGAACCAUGAGGAGCCCGAGACGUCUGACACGAAGACAAAAAUGGCCACUUCAUUUGGCCUUAUUUAUUAUUUAUGUUUUCAUACAACUUGUAACUUCCUCGAGUUCUUCCACGUCAGCCAUACCACCUAAUCAAACUUACACAACAACUGAAAAGAGUAUUAGCAGUAGUUCACCAUCGAGGGAAGAAAUCAACACCCUAACGGUCACCACUGUUGAGGCCAAUAAAAAAUAUGAAACUACUACUAGGAGUGAAAGAAAAACUGACUCACCAACUACGAUGUCUCCAGCAAAGACAACAACCUCCUCGGGGGGCUCUCAUCAUCCGACGUGGCGUCCUCCUAGGGAAAAUUGCACAGCCCCAGCAAUUGAGCAAUUUCCAAAGCCAUUUAUGGGUAAAUGGGGAAGAGAGCAUGGUGGUCUGAUAAUUCACAUUCUGGCUGCCAUUUACACAUUCCUUGGUCUCGCUAUUGUCUGUGAUGAUUACUUCGUCGCAAGUCUCGACAGAAUUUGCGAGGAGCUCAGACUGUCGCCGGAUGUUGCUGGAGCAACCUUUAUGGCUGCUGGUUCCUCAGCACCUGAAUUGGCUACUGUUAUCGUCGGUGUCUUCUUCGCUCAGGAUGACAUUGGGGUGAGUGGAGUAAUUGGUAGCGCCGUAUUCAAUAUAAUGUUCGUAAUUGCUGUUUGUGGGCUGUGCACGACGACAGUAUCGAAAUUAAAUUGGUGGCCCCUGUGUCGAGACUGCUUCUUCUAUUUUAUAUCGAUCCUGGUGAUGCUGGGAACUAUCUACAAUAAAAUUAUAAGCUGGCCUGAAGCAUUACUGAUGCUGAUCACGUACGUUAUUUAUUGCGUUGCACUGUCCUACAAUGAGCGGCUCGAACGAUGGGCAAAGUCGUACAACAUUCCCUUCCUUCCCAAGGAUGAAGAGCCUGCUGAGCAGAGUGCACUCGUUAGCUACAGAUCGCUGCAGGAGGAUAGGCAGUCUUAUACGGGGCCUAAUUCACCAGUCACCGAGCAGAUUAAGAGUCAGGAUGGAAUACCAGCCCCUGGGGAGCAACCAAACCCCCAGCAGCCCCCGCCUCCACCCCCUGCAUCGCAACCCCAGUACUACAAGGCAAAAGAGGCAGAUCCUAACGAAGUGUCUCCCCUGGAGAGACCGGCGGACGCCAGCCAGUGGAGGCUCUUCACCUGGCACUUGGUUUAUCCCAUUCACUACACGUGUCGUGCAACUAUGCCCGACUGUCGACAGCCAAAGUGGCGCAGCUGGUACCCCUUUACCUUCUGCGUUUCGAUGGUAUGGAUCAGCUUCUACAGCUACAUCAUGGUCUGGAUGAUCACUAUAAUUGGCAGUACAUUUGGCAUUCCUGACACUGUCAUGGGACUGACAUUCGUCGCAGCUGGAGUCAGUGUUCCAGACGCUCUGUCAUCACUGGCAGUGAUUAAAGAGGGCCUGGGAGACAUGGCAGUGAGUAACGCAGUCGGCAGCAAUGUCUUUGAUAUUCUAGUGUGCCUCGGAUUGCCUUGGUUCAUCCAAACGGCUAUGAUUCAACCUGGAUCUCAUGUCAAUGUCACCAGCAGAGGAUUAACGUACUCGACAGUGUCCCUGUUAUCAACGGUAGUAUUCCUGGUGCUGGCAACUCACAUGAAUGGCUGGAAGCUUGAUCGAAGGUACGGUGCAGUGCUGAUGGUCUGGUACUUGAUUUUUAUCGUAUUAGCGACAAUGUACGAGCUCAACGUGUUCGGCGAGUGGAACCAACCUACAUGUCCGAGUAAUUAUUAAAUCAUCAUAAAUCACCUGGGGAUAAUCCAUCAACGAAUGACGAGAGUGAAUUAACCAGGACAGUGUAAAUUAUUCAGUCUAACCACCGAGAUUAUCGAGAGAUUAAUCAAUACUAAAACGAUAGAGACAAUAUUAUAUCAGUAUUACGUGCUGUCCUUGUUAUUAUAUACGAAAACGAGGGGACGAGCAUUGAUCAUUAACAUUACCAGCCAAUGCAGAUUGUUGCCUAUAGAUAAUUCAAUCCUGCGAAUUUGAUCAACGAUUGAUAGUCAUGAUAUCGUCCUCACGCGAGAUGCACGCGUGUCACUGAAUGAAGACAUCGAAAAAACAAAUAAACAAAAUGUUUAAAAAGUGGAAGCUCAAGAGUUCCAUUUAUUAUAAAAGAUGAAAUUAUUUUUUAGUCAUUUAUUUAGACUUCAAGGGGAGAAUCUAUGAGUUUUAAAAGUCGAUAUCAGUGAGAUUUCGUUUACGGUGAAGAUCCAUUGUAUAUGUUUGAAUAAUCAGUGCAAUUAUUAAUACAAAAAAAAAUCAUAUUGAAAAAACAAUGCGGGCUAGUUUGUUAGGUACAGAAGUGCUUAUUCAGUUUUUGAAAAUUAUAUAGAGUAAUAAACAAAUUAAAUUUUCGUCGUUUUUUCAAAUAAAAACUGAGCAGUUCGCGUAAAAUAAUGAGAACAGGGAUUCUAUAAAUAUCUAUAGCAUAGAUCUAAAAUAAAAAAAAAUAUUCUGAAAAUAUUGAGGGAAAGAUUUUGCUAGCUAUCACAUUAAUAGUGCAGUGUUUUUUGCAAUAAAAAUAAAAUUAGUUAUGUGAGGAGAAAUUGGUAAAAGCUAGACCAAUUAUGACCAAAAAAAAUGUAAAAAACAUUAUGACUCGAAAAUCGCAGGACUAGAAUUAAUUGUGAUCUGUCAAAUAUCUAUGGUGCAAGCGAUUUUUGCAUUAAUUACUCGUUUUCAAUCUCACCCUAAUAGCCUGUGACUUUUAGACCUCAUGGUAAUCUUCCCGUAAUUUACCACUUUGAUCAUUCGAUUCACGUGAAUAUUAAGCCUACAGGUACACGAGUCGGUGAGGGAUUUAUAUGUUUAUAAAAUAACACAAUGAUGAGAAUAGUGACGUAAUGAUGAGUAGACUAUUGCUAGUUCCAUGACGGGUGCGGUGAUUGGACGAUUUCGAUUUAUAUUAAAAAUUGCACUAUUUAAUAAAAUAUUUACACAAUCAUUUUGCUGAAUAUAUCUAAAAUAAAUCGUGCAAUUUUUUCCAUAAAAAAAGAAAUUACUGAAAAAUAUGUAGAAUAAUUAGUACAAGUUAGUUUUUUGAAAUUCGACUUCCUGGUAAUAUCGUUUUUUUAUAUAAAAAAUUUAUAUUAUAUCCAUAUAAAAUCGCCAGGUGAAUGAUGCUCCAAUAUUGAUGGCAUAAAUCGGAAAUUAGAAAAUACUGUACGAAUACUUGAGUAAUUAUUUACCCAGAUAUUUUAUAUUAACAGUAAAAAAUUAACAUUUUUCAAUAUAAUGGAAACAAAAUGAAUUAUGUGGGAGUCGAAUUUGAAAAAAAGGGUUAGUGAGGUUUACGACGCAUAAUUGUAUAGCUUCCUCGUGCAUAGAUCUUCCGAAGGACCUUUAUUUGCUUGAUCGAGCUUUAAUAUUUAAUGAAUUGGUGGGCUGUAGGGGAGGCCGGGUGAUUGCGCGAAAAUCGCUCAACAAUUUGUCGUGAGAUCAAAAUAAUCCUCGUUAGCGUGCAAGAUUAAUAUCGCGGUGAGGGGAGAGGUGGAGGGAGGUUUUCGGGGGUGGUACCGCCCUUUACGCGAACGGGGUGAUAAAAAUAUCCAAGAAUGACAAUAAUUGAGCCUUAAUCCGAUGAAAGUAUCUACAACACUCCAGACUCUGCGCGAUCCUUGGAGCAGAGGAAUUACCUCCAUGGAAUUCCCCAUUGAUUACAGAUGACUAUUCACGAUUUUACGAUUUUAUCAUUUCCAAAUUAAUUGUUUAUACGGGGUAGUAUCAUCUGGAUGUGAUUUAGAUGAAGAGAUUCGUGAAUUUGACACUCGCGGAUUUCGUUAACUUGCACUUUUUGAAUUUAAAAAGUUCAAAGAAUUUCGCCUGUAUAAAUUCAGUAGUUUAAUUAUUUCAUAAAUAUUAAUACAAAUCGGAAGUACAAAAAAGAAAUUUAUAUACGAAGGAAAAUAAAUGCAUACGUAAGGAGUCCCGAUAUUUUCUAAUUGUUCAAUUUUUUUUUACAAAUUUCUGAGAAAUAGUUGAUAAAAUUGACGUGAAAAAAUCC